UACAAAUAAUAGUUAAUUGACCCUCCGUCCUCUCCCGGCGGUGGAAACAUGGCGCUGAGCCGUCUGGAAAAGGCUCAGGUAUGGCUCUUCAAGGCGGUCAUGGGAGUCCUCUUUACGCUGUUUCGGCUCUUGUCCCCUCGGAGACCCGGUGUGUCCGGGAAGAAGCUCCCGCUCAUCAACAACCCUCUCCUGCUGGUGUCAGCGACGCAGCUCGCCAAGAAGAUCCGGAGAAAAGAGGUGUCAAGUGUUGAGGUGGUGCAGGCUUACAUUAACAGGAUCCAGGAAGUCAACCCUUUUCUGAACGUUGUUACAAAAGACAGGUUUGAUGCUGCUUUCCAGGAGGCGACGCAGGUCGACAAGCUGAUUGAGGAGGAAACUGGAGGACAGGAGGUGCUGGAGGAUCGAAUGCCUUUACUGGGAGUCCCACUCUCUGUCAAAGGGUCCUACGCCCUCCAGGGUAUGCCCCACACUACAGGUGUGAUCUCCAGGCGAGGAGUCGUGGCUACAGUCGAUGCUCCUCUGGUGGCCCUGCUGAAGAGAUCGGGGGCGAUACCGAUGGGCGUCACCAACACCAGUGAGCUCUGUAUGUGGUAUGAGUGCCACAACCACCUCCACGGCAUCACCAACAACCCCUACGACCUGGAGAGGACACCAGGAGGAAGUUCAGGUGGGGAGGGCAGUAUACUGGCAGCAGCAGGCGCGGUCAUUGGCGUUGGCUCAGACAUCGGCGGCAGCAUCCGUGUGCCCUGUUUCUUCAACGGAAUAUUUGGCCAUAAAACCACUCCUGGUGUCGUGUCAUCUGAGAACCAUCACCCUCCUGUCACUGGCAGACAUGAAGAGUACGCCAGCAAUGGUCCCAUGUGCCGCUACGCUGAGGACCUCCUGCCCAUGCUCAAGAUCAUGGCGGGGCCCAACGCUCACAUGUUGUCCUUAAACACAAAGGUUGACCUCAAAAAGCUGCAGUUCUUCACCAUCCCUCACGAUGGCGGCUCUCAAAUGACAUACCCCGUCAGCAAAGAGCUCAUGGAGAUUCAGAGGAAGGUUGUUGAGUGUCUGGAGGCCGAUCUUGGAGUUAAAGUUCAAGAAGUGCGUUUCCCUGAGCUCCGCUACAGCUUCCAGAUCUGUGACACCUACCUCGGUCUUCCUGACAAGGAGGGCAAGCCUCCCCCGGCAUUGGUUGAGCUGAUGGGGGAACCAGGACGACCAGUGUGGCCUCUGUGGGAGCUGCUGAAAUGGAUGAUGGGAAAAUCAGAGCAUACCAUGGCUUCUAUCGGUCUGGCCUUGCUCGAGAUGACCCAUGUAUCAAAACCCUCGACCUUCAUCAUCCAGCAGAAAGAGAAGCUGCAGAAGGAAGUGGACGAGCUGCUGGGCACCGACGGUGUUUUUCUUUACCCCUCGCACCCCAUAGUGGCUCUCAAACACCAUCACACGCUCUUCAGACCCUUUGAAUUCUGCUACACAGGUAUAAUCAACAUCCUCGGGCUGCCGGUCACACAGUGUCCUCUGGGUCUGGGUGAGGAAGGUCUGCCUCUGGGCCUGCAGGUCGUUGCUGGGAAGCUGCAGGACCAUCUGACCCUCGAGGUGGCUCUCUACCUGGAGAAGACAUUCGGAGGCUGGAGGGAACCCGGGGCCAACUAAAACCACACUCACCCCAAAAUCAACACAAAAUGAAAGUGCCUCAUAGUAGCUUUAGGUAACAGUCAGGACUUGACAGUAAAAAAUGUUUCAACACACUGACAAAACCUCAGUUGAGUGGCAAUGUGAAUAUUGUAUAAUGGCAGUUAAUCAACUGUGGUGCCUGUUUUAUGCUGCAACUUAUUUGUUUCAUUUAAUACAACAAAACAAAAGGUCUGAA